UUCCCAGGUGUUCUGGCCUAAUGAGGGGAGCAGCUGCCCGGUGUGGGCGGGGCGUCAUCAUCACGUGACGCUAAACGGGUCCGUUUCUUUGAUUUCUUGCAAAGCGCACUUCCGCCUGGGCUUUUAUUUGAAUGGUCUGAAGCGGAAGUGGGCGUGUUUGUUAGUAAUUUGACACAAUCGAUCGGCGGCAGCGCGAGCGGCUCAGCUGUUUGAACGUUGGCGAGUUUCCGGUCGGAGUAACAAAUAAGACUCUUCGUCUUACUCGACUCACUUCGUCGUCGACACUCAAGUUCUUCUGGACCAUGUCUCUGCUGGCCCUGCUGGUCUUGGGUCUCUACCCGAACCUGCACCAGUGCGACCCGCUGCCCGGCCUGCGGACCAACGGGACCGACGUGGCGGCGGGCUGCGGGCCGUGCCAGGCGGACAUGUGCCCGGAGACCCGCGGCUGCCGAGCCGGGCUGGUGCCGGACCCGUGCGGCUGCUGCGACGAGUGCGGCAACCUGGAGGGUCAGGCCUGCGACCCCGGGGACCGGAACGUGUACUUCGGCCUGUGCGGGACCGGACUUCGGUGCCAAUUGGAUCCUCAUCCCGCGGGAAGAGAUGAGGAGGAGGAGGAGGAAGAGCAGGUGUGCGUGUGCGAGGAGCGCGAGCCUGUAUGCGGAAGUGACGGAGUGACGUAUGCAAAUAAGUGUCACUUCCGGGAGGUCGCCUUCUCCACGCCGCAACUCCACACCAAAGGGGCGGGGCCCUGCGAGACAGUUCCAGUCAUCAAGGUGGGUCCUCAGAGUCAAGUGAACGGGACAGGAAGUUGUGUGCACUUCCUGUGCGAGGUCUUCGCCUUCCCAAUGGCGUCCAUGGAGUGGCGUAAGGACGGGCGGGAUGACGUGGUCCUGCCGGGGGACGACCCCCACAUCUCUGUCCAGUCCAGGGGCGGUCCUCUGAGGUUCGAGCUCUCCAGUUGGCUGCAGAUUGAAGGGGCGGGGCCACAAGACUCGGGAACCUAUCGCUGCAUCGCCCGCAACAGCCUGGGCUCCGCCUCCGCGUCCGCCGUGCUGGGCGUGCUGCGUGCAGGAAGUGGGGAUGACGUCACGCAGGAAGUGAGAGCGGUGAAGAUACAAGAAGAGGAAGUUGGGCGCCAGCACGAAGAUGAGAAUGGAAGAAGACGUGAAGAAAGAAGGACGACUUUACCUGCAACAACAACACACCUUUGGGAAGGUUGUCGGUCUAUUCCCAGACUGGAAGUGUGCGAGUGUAAAGAUGGUGCUGAGCGAGGAGGACGCAGACAUCAGGACCACAAGAAGGUCAUCAGACUGUCCGACUGCAUCCGAGUGGUGGAGGCGGAGGCGGAGGCGGAGGCGGAGGCGGAGGCAGGUCCCAGAGACACCGGCUGCUUCCUGCUGGAGACAACGCACAAGAACUUCCUGUUUGCUGCUCACGCGCCGCAGCAGUGGACCACACUACUGUGCCAGGCAGCAUUUCCUGUCAGCUGGGCGGAGCCUAUCAGCAGGAGGCGUGGCAGCAAAGUAGAAGAAGAAGGCAUGGAGGACAACAUUUUGUACAGCAGCAGCACACAAACAUUGAGGGACUUCCGUGUGUGUGUGAGGAGGACAGAGUCAGCAGAGCGUUGUGGCCUGAAGGGAGAAGGUGUCCUGCGAGCCAGCUCAGAAGCACUCCACCUGCUGGACACUGGAGGACUUGUCACCCUCAGCUGGCCCUACAGAUUCCUGCGCCGCUUCGGGCGGGACAAGAGCACCUUCACCUUUGAGGCGGGUCGCAGGUGUGAGUCGGGGGAGGGGAGUUUUGACUUCGACACCAAGGAGGGUAACUUCCUGUUCCAGGCGGUGGAGGCCGCCAUCAGCCUGCAGCGUGUCCGUCACACGUCCAGAGGAGGGCUCGUCAACCUGGAACUUUCUGCUGCCCCCGUCCUGCCCCCUUUACCCAAAGCCCCGCCUCCUUCCUACCGUGAUGACCCACAAUCCUCUUCUGCUCAGGUGGAUGUGGAUCUGCUUGGAGUUGACAAGUUGACCUUAGUCCCUAAGAAAAGAGUCCACGUGAUCUGCGGCUCCCCGCUGAACCCUAACCUCUGCGCCCCCGAGCCGUGGUCCCUGGAUCAGACUUACUCGCAGGUCACGUGGGACACAAGCACGCCGCCCCUCCCCAAAGACUACUCUCUCCCGUUCCACGCCGUCUCCAAGAAGGACACUCUGCGCGCCGAGCGUCUCCUUGACCGCGAGGUCCUGACCACGGCCUACGAGAACCAGGACCACAUUUACGACGAGCUGCAAAGCUGCGUGGGCCCGCCCUCCGAGUACGAUGACCCCGAGGAGCUGAGGGGAGACGCCUGGAGGACCAUGGCUACCGCCGUGGACCAUGACGGACCAAGCCAGAGGUCACUUCCUGUCGCCCGGCAGGAAGCAGAAGGAGAAGAUGUGAUCAGCAGAAUAACAAAGUAGGGGGUGGAGCCAAAUAAAACACUUUCUUUAUAAACCAAA